CAAACACGUGUACCAUACCGCCUACACGUAACCAUGCCGCCACCACCGAUCCCUGAGCGGAAGGAAGCGGUGAACCCGCCGCCGAUCCCUGAGAAGAAGGAAGCGGUUAACCCACCACCGAUCCCUGAGCCGAAGGAAGCGGUGAACCCACCGCCGAUCCCUGCGCCGACGGAAGCGGCGAACCCACCGCCGAUCCCUGUCCGUAGCGGUCCUCGUCCGCCCCCUGGAGCAGUGGCCACAGCGAUGUUAUCAGGAGGGGAGGGGUUACCGUUUGCAGGCAAAACACAGCACGAGCAACAAGAGGAGGAGGUUCAAGCACGCCCGAACAAUCCGUACGAACUAAUGGUGCAACCUGGUGCAACGGUGACAGCAUCGUACCCAUUCCGUGGAGAAGAGAGCCUGCAACAGUUGUCUUUCGCGGUGGGAGAUGAGAUCCGCGUCAAACAAAAAGAAGAUAUGUGGAGUUGGGGCGUCUUAGUACGAGGGGGCAACGAAGGGUGGUUUCCUCAUAACUACGUGGGUACCACGUUCAAGCCGCUACCAGGGAUACACGAGAUGGCUGCGAAGUUGAAAGCGCGAAACGAAAAGGCGGCGGCUGCGAAGGCUCGAGAAGACGAACCAAAUCCCCAGUCAGAAAACGCGGAUCCUACGGCGUCAUCUCUAGACGCCACCGCAGACCACACAGCAGACGCCACACCAGACGCCACCGCCUCAUCUCAAGACGCCACAUCGGAUGUCAAGUCAGCGCCUGGGGGUGAUAUCGUAGCUGACGGCGCGACGUCAAACGAGACACACCCAAUUCCAAACGAACAUCUUCCGGACACUAGCACCGGCACCGGCACCGGCACAGCAGCAGUGUCUGAGGAUGUCGUACCAGGUCCUGUGGAUGGUGUUGCACGCGAAGACGAGGAAGUUGGUGGAGGCGUAGGCAACGACGUCGAGCUCAAGACAACGCCGAAGACCGAGAAUGCAGACAAACCUGCAUUGGUCAGCGCCACUCCGUCGCUGCCGCCUUUUCUCAAGGGUCCCACGAACACGACCGGUGCGGCGACGGCAGUUUUGCCGACAUCAGGAGCCGUUCGUGAAGCCGACAGCGCAGAAGUUGUCGACACAACUCAAGUGCAUGGAGUAGGUUUUGCAGGAGAGUCGCCUGCGACACGUACGGGGUGUAAGUGCACCGUCAUGUGAACACGAUUAAUGUUGGGGGUGCUGCGCUUAAUUCUGGAUUAAUGGUUUCAAGUACUUCUGUUUCGCCCGUGCUCACGGCGGGGGUAGGGGCCAGAUGAUGACCCCCUUUAGUCACUUAAGAGUUUCUUCCAGAACGUGCCCGAGGUUCACGUACGGUCGCCACCGAUUUAGUGAUAUCCCUGUUGGGGAAGCUCUACAGCGUUCAGGGCUAUUUGUUUUUCUGGGCCCGGAUGAUUGGACAUCUUAGGGUGGUGUCCUGCCUUUCAUGAGGCGGCGAGUUUCGUGGAUUAAUGUUACACCUGCUUUUCGGGAGUAUGAAAACGGCAGUCACACAGGCCACGGUCCACCAAAUAGGAUAUGUGUUCGUUUCGCGGUUCUUAACCCAAGCGUAAUGAGGAAGGCGGCAACGUGGCGUCGUACGUGCCGUGAGAUUGCUCUUGGUUUAUUGGUUUGGCAUACAGGGGGGAGGCGUCCAGGGUACAACUUGAAUACUGUGUUUUCUGUGCUCCUCACGUUUGAUCCUGUACGACACCUCUGCCUCUUGUGUUUGUUUUGUCGUCGUUCCACCCUCCUGCUGCCUGGGGCCGGCGUCCAAGGAACAGCUUGCAUACUGCGUUUUCUGUGCUCCUCACGUUUGCUCUUGAAUGGCGCCUCCGCCUCUUGUACUAUUUUUGUCAUCGUUCCAUGCUCCUGCUGCCUACUCACUUGUUGCUUCGUUGAUCAUGAUGAAACGCGGCUUCGUUGUUCCUCAUCACCCGGCAGUGUAUGCCUGUGUGUACCCAAGUCGUUCAUAAGCGACGGCAGGGUUAGUGCGUCAUCGACUGUAAAGCUGCUGAGGAAGUGCGGGUGAAACUCUCAGGCAAGUGUGUGCGCAAUCGUCUUGAGAUCGUUUUUUCUGGCGUGGUGCGUAUUGUUUGCGGGCUGUAAUUGUGCGGUAGUGUUGACAUGCGUGCUCCAAUGUGGAAGCGGAAGUAGUUCGAAUGUUCAACUAUUGUAACGCUAG